GACAUGCUGCCUGCUGUCAUAUUGACAUUUCAAUGGUUCAAAAAAAUACCAAAAUUAAUGAAAUUUACAUAUUUGAAUGUAUUGAAUAAAUUAGUUAUGCUCUUAUGAGAAUAAUUGAAUUGGUUUAUAGUUGAUAAUUUAUAAAAUUUGUGUAUUUUUCUUACGGGUAUGUCACAUAUUAACGACUUGAUAGGUGUAGUGCGUGGGCUGCGGCUGGUCGUCGAGGCCGGCGCUAAAGUGCAGCAAGAGGCAUGUAGGACGCUAUGGUAUAAUUCAAGCUUCAAACCUCUCCUGCAGAACUGCACUACAACUAACCCACUCACCGCUUACAAACUUACUCCCGAUGUCGCAAAAGACGCGCUCGAAAGAGCGCUCGUUGUCGCUCAUGGCAUCAGACAGUAUGCUUUGAUGCAUGUGCCUAAUCUAAAUAAUGAAAUAGAACCAAAAGCAGAUAUGGACCCGCAACUGAAAGACGAAAUCGAAGAACUGAAUAGAGAGUUUCACAAAACGUUUGAGAGUUUGCAAAAAGGUGAGACCGCGCUGGAUCCAUCGCCAGAGUUUGUAGCACCGUUAGAAUCUAUACCUGUACAUACGGAAGUGAAGAAAGUUGAGAAAAUACAGCCGCAAAAAUUUAGCCAACCACAAAUGCAAGUGACGAGUUCUUCCGAGUCUGGGGCCAAACCAAAACCUAUAGCCAAGAAGAAAUUAAGAGUUUCUCUAAGUGAAAACUCGAAGGCUCGCGUCGUUCCGUCUUCCCGUAUCGGCCGCAUGAUCUCGUUCGGUUCGUUGGCAGCGGGUCUAGGUGUGGGAACAGUGGCACAGUACGCUCGCAACACUCUGCAGUCAGUGACGGGACGCGUAGACGACUCGGCAAAUGCUUUCCUAUCACCCGCCAACGCUGAGAGAAUUGUCGAUACACUGUGUAAAGUGAGAGGUGCUGCAUUAAAACUCGGUCAGCUGCUAAGUAUACAAGAUGAAACUGUGAUAUCGCCGGAGAUGCAGCGAAUAUUCGAGCGUGUUAGACAGUCUGCGGACUUUAUGCCGACCUGGCAGGUUGAGAAAGUGAUGACGUCACAACUGGGUCCUGAAUGGAGGGGCAGGGUUCAGACCUUCGAAGAGAAACCAUUUGCAGCUGCAUCUAUUGGUCAGGUGCAUUUAGCAGUGUUGCAUAACGGACAGGAGGUGGCGAUGAAAGUCCAGUAUCCAGGUGUCGCGAAGGGCAUCAACAGUGACAUAGACAACCUAGUGGGAGUGCUCAAAGUAUGGAACGUGUUCCCAAAAGGCUUGUUCAUAGACAACAUUGUGGAAGUGGCUAAGAAGGAGUUGUCUUGGGAAGUGGAUUACAUAAGAGAGGCGGAAUGCACAAGAAAGUUCAAAAAAUUGCUAGAACCGUAUCCUGAUUAUUUUGUUCCUGAUGUUAUAGACGAGUUAUGCGCCCCCGAAGUGAUAACAACUGAGUUGAUAGACGGCAUGCCUUUGGACAAGUUGUUCGACGCACCGUACGAGAUUCGACAGGACAUAGCGUCGAAGAUCAUGCGUCUGUGUCUAUUAGAGAUGUUCACGCUGCGUUGCAUGCAGACCGAUCCUAAUUGGGCAAACUUCUUCUACAACAUGAACACUAAACAGGUGAUACUGUUAGACUUCGGCGCUACACGAGAAUACUCCAAGGAGUUUAUGGAUCAGUACAUUGAGAUUGUGAAGGCGGCGUCGGUUGGCGACAGGGGCGCCAUCUUGCGCAUGUCGAGAGAAAUGAAACUACUCACAGGAUACGAGUCUAAGGUGAUGGAGGAAACACAAGUGGAUACAGUAAUGAUAAUGGGCGAAGUGUUCACGAGUGCAGGGGAAUUCGAUUUCGGUGCACAGCAGACGACGAAACGUAUUCAGGCUCUCGUCCCAACCAUCCUGACGCACCGUCUCUGCCCACCCCCAGAGGAGAUAUACUCGCUGCACAGGAAACUGUCGGGAGUGUUCCUGCUCUGCUCAAAAAUGAAGAUUAAAAUGAACUGCCGAGACAUGUUCAACGAAAUAUACGAUCAGUAUAAGAGUGAUUCGAGGUAAUGUUUGGAUUGUUAUAUUAACUCGUGCACCACAAUGUCACAAGAAAUUUAUAGUUUCCAAAAAGAUAGUUACCGUUGUCAGAAAUUAUAAUUUGCAUCGUAUAACGAACUUGCCUGGGCUCAUAUCUAUACUUCAAUUCGAAUUUUUGUUCACUAAUCUAACUAAAUAAUGUUUUCAAAAAGAUAGUUACUAUUUUCAGAAUAUAUCAUUUGCAUCGUAUAGUAUUGAUUAAUAUUUAUAUUUCAAUUUGAAUUUUUGUUCACUCAUCAAACUAAAUAAUAUUUAUAAAUGAGCUUUCUUUUAGUAUUGACUAAAAGAAUUUUUCAAUUGGAACUACAAGUUCCUGAGAUUAGCGCGAUCAAAUAAACAAACUCUUCAACUUAAUAUAAAAGUAUAGAUUAAUUGAAUGGAAUAAACAGAUAGACAAUAUAUCUAUGUAAUGAACAAUUGAGAAAACACAUUAACAGCAAAUCGUCACAUGCAUAUAAGCAGCGAUUUGUCAGCUUUUACUUUGUAUUUCAAUUGUCUAACACAGUUUUAUUUAAUAAAUAUAUUCCCCGACAUUGUGAAAUAAGCUUAAGCCUUUGAAGCUUACUAUGCUGACAGCACUUUCUAUUAACCCUUAUACCAGCUAAACGGAGGACCGUACAUGCCAAUAUAAUAGUUUUUGUGUAAACCUGUAUAGAUAUGCAAAUUUGUAAAGUUUUAGCAAUAGGAUCAAUUGGUAUUAGCAAUUUUCAUUAAACCUUUUUUGGAUAUCUUUAUUGUAGUUGACUUAAUUUUUCAAAAUUGGUGAAUGCAGAUUUGAAUGAUGGCAAAGUCUAUGAAAGUUUUUGUUGCUUUAACGAAUAAAAUAGCUGCUCUUAUUGCCCUUUUCCAAAAUCCACCUUGUAAACCCAAUAGCAUUAACUUAAAUAAAUUUAUUCUUAGCUUCUUAAUUGGUUAGAAUUAGACAUUAGUUUUUAGAAAAUACAUACUUCAUUUCAUCGCUGCAUAAAUAACAUUAUUAAUCCAAAAAAGCAGUAUGUACUAUGUAGGUACAAUGUUAUAUUUAUUUAUUCAUUGCACUUCAUACAAAACAUUUAAAGGCGGACUUUAUGUGAGAGGCAUUCUCUACCAGUCAACUUGAGGUGGAGCAGAAGAACAUAGUAGGUGCACGUCAAUUAAACUAUAUUUAGGGUAGUACCUACCUAUAAGUUAUAACGCAUGAUUAAUGAAAAAAAUAUCUAAAUUUUGAACUGUUGCCUCGAAUAUAGUUCAUCUUCUCCCAUUGCUUAUGGCUUGCCUAUGUCUUCAUUUAAUUCGUUGCCAGUUGAUCAGUUUCAGUUUUGUGUGCCUUUAAUGUACUAUAAACCCACCCUGUAUUAUCUGAUCCUUACAUAUUAUAAAACCCACCCUGUAUUAUUAUAUUAUGCUUACAUAUUAUAAAACAGUCAUCCCUCGUGUCAAACUCAAUAACUAACUGGAAAGAUAUGGUACCUAGGAAGGGCCUAGGUUACUUUUAUCCAAAGAAAAAUAUAUAGCAAGAUUUAUAUCUCGGAAUACCUCGUAUCACGCAGCGGAAGCAGCGAAGAUAGUCCGUUUCAUCUCCUCUCACUGGUUAUGCUUGGUGGCCAAACUAUAUAUAAUUCGCUUCUUUCUUCAUCUAAUUUCUUCGCCAAACGGUCAUUUUCACUUUGUAUUGUGAUUGAAAAUAUAAUAUCAUAUUAAAAUUAAAAUAUUUUUCGUAUUUUAGCGCGGUUAUUUUAAUUUUCUCCCUACGUUUUGUCUCUUGCGUUUUUACACUGUGAGCUCAGUCUGCGUAGAUCGGACCACCAACAGCUAAAAAUUUAAAAGUUGUAUAAUUGUAAAAUGUAGGUAGAAAUUGUAACUUCGUCAUUGCGGCUGAACGACACACCUCUGUCGCCCCCGUGACCAAGAAGGCUGCAAAGUCUUCGAAACGUCGGGAGAAAAAUAAAAAACAAAAAACCGCGAUAGAAUCCGGAAAAUGAGAAUUCAUUAAUCAUAUCACCUCAAAUCAAUUUAAUUUAGAAAUUAAUUUCAACGUCUUCAGUUAUGCCUCGCGGGUUUAAUGCUUACAAUAUUUAUUAUAUUUAUAAUCAAAAAUUUUAUGUUGAUAGUGAAAUAAUGUUUUGUAAUCAGUGUGCUGGGCAGCAAUGGCUAUGAAUGCCGUCAUGUUAAGGGCUAGUGCCCAGGCACGAAAAAAUAUUAAUUAGAAUAAUAUAUUGAUUAUUUAUAAAUCUAAUUAUAAAAUGAGUUGAAUUCUAGAUAUACAAUCCGCUAUUUUCAUGGAAUUUAUAAAACUUAUUAAAUUUGGCGACUUGUUCUUUUCGCUAUCAGUAUGGUUCUUUAGAUGGCUAUGCACAAAAGCAUUAUAAACUUGGCUUUCAUUAAUAAAACGUACGAUUUGGGAAUAAUUACAAUAAUAAACAUCAUUGGGAUUAAAAAUGUAUGAAAACAUUUCUAUAAGUCUUAUAAAAUUGAUGAUUUACAAAACUUAAGUAAUGGAGCUCUCACACUGCAUUUAUGUUUAAGUGCAUAUUGCACAACUUCUACGUAAACACUUCUCGUCACAUAAAUUCAUAAGCCGACCAAAUACAAAGUCACACUUAAGUAUAAUAUGCUUCUUAAGAAAUAUAAAUUAAAUUAGUAGUAUCUACAUUAGAUAACUAAAAAUAAAAUAGUAAAAUUAUUUUUAACAUUAAAUGAAAUAUAAUCGGAGCGCCAGAGUUAUGCUCACAAAGAAAUGAAGAUGAAAAAUAAUUUAAAGAUUCUUUAAAUUAUAAGAAAUUAGUUUAUUAUAAAUUUGCUCUAUGGAGCAUACUUACAAAGCGGGAUGCUUCUUUGCAUUGUUUUUCUUUCGUACCAUCUGCGGACAGUAAUUAAUUUUCAAGUUAUUAGAUUUUCUUAAACGUAAUUUUUUUUUCAUUGUACAGUUCUUAAUAAAAAUAUUACCAUUUAUUUUAAUGCAAUUUAAAUGAUUGAAUUAACUUUGUUCUCCCUGUAAAUUAAACUGUGUCUAAGAACAUGAAGUUUGACGAAUAUUAAUUUUAUUUUGUUAAAUAUCAACGAUUAUCUUAAAGAAAUCAAGACAAUACUGUCACCAUAUUGUCAUCUAUUUACGCCACGGAGCCGAUUUAUGGCGACAUAUUUUUUGCGUAAAAUGUCUUUGCUUUUCCUUGCAAAAUUUUUGCUUUCGCUCUAUGUAGAGCAGCAAUGGCGAAAUGUCCAUAGAACCGGAUUCCUGCGGGCUUCCCUUUCGUAAUUUAUGUAAAAUCAAAUCGUCAUUAGAACGAAUUCCAUACCUCAUUUUUGCAUAUUAUUAGUCUAUAAGUUGUGUCAGGUUUGCUUUUGGAAAAUUUGAUCAUACGCCACUGUAGAGCGUGGCAAAAUUUUUGAUGUGGCGCGGUCGGUCGUUCACCCCAAGUGGCAUGGCAUAUGCUGCCAGUAUAAAUUGCACGUAGAGCAGUGAUAAGCGCUUUUCAUUAGAGGUACAUGUAUGUUGUAACUAGUUGUGCCCACGGCUUCGCCCGCGUGGAAAUUAGUGUGUCACAAAGUUUUUCCUAUUUCCAUUUUGAUACAUGAGAUUUUUUUAUAACCACAGGACCUCUUCAACGGUAAACGUUAUAUUUCAGUAAAUUUACAUAAAAUCGUAAUGUACUAUUAACCUAAACCUUAUUCAAGAAUUGCACUAACUUUUAGUAAAAACCUUACAAAAAUCCGUUCAGUAGACUUUGAGAAAAUCGAUCACAUACAGACGGAUUUUGGGGACUUUGUUCUAUAAUAGGUAUAGAUGUUAUAUCUAUUUUGUAUAUAAUCCUUUUGUAACAUUACAAUUAAGGUGCUUCAGCCAGCAAAACGGCGCGCUGACCUUGCUUAUAGAAGCUAUCUAUGAGAGCUUUAUAAUACAUAUAUAGAAAACAAAUUAAAUAUUAUACUUCUGCAAUGUGUUAGCUUUAUUUUGGUUAUUUUAAAUUGUUUUAUAAUGUGGAUAUUAUUAUAACUAAAAUUGUUGAGUCCGUGAAUUUCCUCCUAGAGUACACAUUAUUUUAUUAUGCAACCAUUACUAUUAGACAGACAAUUAAUUAAAUAAGGAAUAUUUUUGUACUUUAAAUUUCCGAAAAGACUUAUAAUUAGUAUUUUAAAUGAUUUAUUCGUAAUUCUGCAUCCCACCCGUAAUUCGCGCGCUGCUCAAGAUGCAACGAAUUGUUCAAGUCCGUUCUCAUGGAACGAAUUGUCCAAGACAGGAGCCUUAACUUUGUUAAUUGCGAGACAAUGUUUAAACACGCGACAUCGUACUACAAUGUAAUGUUAAAAUAACAGAAAUGCAAUAUUAAUUUCACAUUAACGUAUAAAACUGAUCAAAUUUCACGAAAAUUGAGAUUUCAUGUUUAACAACACAUUUUAGUACACAUUGCCCAGUUAUGAAAUUAAUAACCGCUCAUUACCGUCCAGGUCAGACGUGAUUUAAUUUAAAUUUGGUUUAAAUUAAAUAGUUCGUGGAAUAUAAUUAUUUAAUGCAUUUAUUAUAUCGUUGCGCAUUACAUUUACUUUUAGCAAAGAAUUCUAAGAUUAUAUAGAGCGGAUAUUGACAAAAAUUUGGCGCACAUGCGAUUGUUACUCGAUCUAAUGUGAUAUAGCAAAACACCAAUGUAAAAUACUUCGUAUUUUUUCCAUAUCGUGAUUUGUACGUUUUUAGUGCGCAUUUUAACAUAUUUUCUGUUAAUAUUAUAUUUAUAUAUAAAAUAUCUAAGGACGCUGUGACAUCGUCACACAUGCAUUUCAAAUAAGACAAGGACUUAUUACCAUUUGGAGCACACAUUUGGUUGAGAUGUCCUGUCUGUAAUUAACUAUACUCUUUAAAGUCUUUCUUUUGAAAGAUUAGUAAUUUUACGAGUUACUAAAAUAUAUACACAGUAUCGCUCUUUGUGAGUCUUUUCUUGUAUAACAAUGCUACAGAAACCAUGAACUUCUCUAUAUCUAUACAUAACACAAAGUCCUCCUAAGUUGUUUUUAUUUAUCGAUUUUCUCAAAAUCUACUAAAAUUUUAUAAAAUUUGGUAUGGAGAUAGUUUUAGACCCUGGAAAGAUUAUAGGCUACUUUCUAUCCCGGGAAAAUAUAUAGCGGGACUUUAAUCCCGGAAAACUCCUUGACGCGGGCGAAACCGCGAGCAAAAGGUAGUAAAAAAUAAAGCUUUUAGGUCAUUGGGAAUGGAAUAUCUUUGUUUAAAAAUAUAAUACAUAUAUUCUUAGAUAUUAAACAAGAAUACAUUUAUAAAGAUAUCAGGGUCCAUCAGCAGCUAACGGAAGGGUACGAGAGCUAAAGGUAAACGGCUAAUGUAGAUCGUACUCAAUUUAUUACCAUUUACUUGGUUUCCUGAAUUAGAAUGUGACUUUCGUAUUUGGUCGGCUAAUACAGUUAUGUAAUGAUAGAGAAAGGCCUUAAGUAUUAAUUUAUUAUAUUGCAACAUUGUCUGAUAUAACAUAAUUUGUAUGUAUAUAAAAAAAAAACACUAUUAUGUUUGUAAGUGACGACCACCAUGACAGGCCUGAUAAUUUACUGCUACUUUCUGGUCACUAUGGUAACAAUUACAAAACAAACUACAUUUAAUAAAACAGUGUACGUUUGGUAUUUUUUAAUAUACCUUUCCGUUGUAAUUGAACGAAGGAAUGACGUUAUUGUUAUAGUGUCAAAAAGGAAUGAGUAGAACUCGAAAGAUGAACGGAACUAAAUUUGAAAGAAACAACAUAGUUGUUACCAGAUAAAACAAAUUCACUCCAUAUUUAUUUUCGAUGAACAAUGUUUAUAAGUUAGAACAUUAUGAGAUUUUGUAUGAUCAUUUUUACUUGUCAGUUAAACGACUAGGAUAUUUUAUCUAUUUGAUAGCGACUAUUCAGUUUCACUCGCCCUUACUAGCUCAUAAUUCGAUGCACAAAACCAUAUGUGACUUGCUUGAAUGAGCCUGAUCAAGCACGCACAUACGUGUUGGUGUCCCGCGGCCUUCACGCAAGUAUUGCACUGGUUGAAAUUGUUGUUAGACUGCGUGUGGUAGCUAUUUUAGUCCAGUUACUUUAGGGAUAGUAAUAUUCAGUUACUGUUACUCUUGGUCAAUUCUAUCGUUUGUGUUUUGCCAAUUUUAAUAUUUUUGUUAGUUGCUUUGUUGCAUUUCAUGAAGAAUUGACUAUCAAAGGAUAAUGUUUACAUACAUACAUAGUAUUACGUCUCUAUUCCAUAAGGGUAGGCAGAACGUACUCAACAUAAUCCGUAGGGAUUGCUUCUUUGCACAAAUCGGGCAUACGUCUCUAUGUUUAAUAACAUCGAUAGAUAACCGUAUAAAACAAUAGCAGAAACGAUUUCACUAUCACAUUGCUCGGCCGAUUUAAACCGUACUUUACAGUGACCUAAAUUUCAUCUCAACAUUUGUUUUGUUUGUUUUGUGAAUGUGAAAAACCCCGGUAUUGGUGCUCGAUAGACGAAACGGCUGCCAUUUGCGACAGUACAGGACGGAAAUUAAAUCCGACAGUAUUGUAUAACAGUUAUGUAAAGUAACCUUUUUGAUAUUGUCACAAUAAUAUAUGGUUGUUUAGAUAGUUUAAAGUGCAUUUUGAUUUUUUAAUAAUAUAGAAAAUAGUGCUUAUAGUAAGUUGGCGAUAAUUAAUUUUUAACGAACUACCUCCUAACAUUAAGAUUUGUACUAAUUUGAUACAGGUUAUAAGUAGAUUGUUGUAAAAAUCUUAAUUGUUAAUUCGUAGAAUAAAUGUGUUGUGAAUAUUA